UGGGUCACUGCAGGAAAGCCUUAACUUACAUGUUAUGACAUCAGAGACUAUUAUAUGAAUCUGACAAGCUACAGUCUGGAAACAAUCUGAACACAGCAGUAAUGAGAUUCCAAAUCACCUUUGUUUUGGUGCUCAGCUAUCUUCUGUGUGAUUCUAUUCUAAAGUGUACCGGAAUAAAGCUGGAAAAUAAUGGAUAUCGAGACAUAAUUAUUGCCAUUAACCCGAACGUUCAACAUAAUGAACAGCUGAUUCAAAAUAUUCAGGAAAUAGUGACUGCAGCCUCCUCCUACCUUCACCGAGCAACCAAACAGCGAGUUUAUUUCGCAGAUGUGAAAAUCCUGCUGCCUGUAACAUGGCCGGUUAGUUCCCAUGUGGUUCAGAGACUGACAACUGAGUCCUAUGAGAAGGCUGAUGUGAUCAUUGCUGAACCAAACCCCAAAUACAGAGUUGAACCAUACACCCUGCAGUAUGGUGGAUGUGGAAAGAAGGGACGGUACAUUCACUUCACACCAAACUUUAUCCUGGAUAGCAGUCUGGUUUCAUUUUAUGGACCGAAAGAUCGAGCAUUUGUUCAUGAAUGGGCUCAUCUUCGGUGGGGAGUUUUCAAUGAAUAUAAUGAACUAGUGCCCUUCUAUUUAUUUAAUGGAAACAGUGAAGUAACGAGAUGUUCAAAAGAGAUUAGAGGACAGCUUGCUGAUUGCUCAGGCAGAUCCUGCUCAGCAUGUGAGACAGAUCCUAAGUCAGGACUGCCGAAAAGGGAUUGUGAAUUUUAUCCAGACAGCAAACAGACUGCAUCCUCCUCAAUUUUGUUCAUACAGGGACUAUCAAAUGUGACUGAAUUCUGUGACGAUAAGACUCACAAUCCUGACGCACCGAACAUGCAAAACAAACUGUGCAACUUCAGGAGCACUUGGGACGUAAUCAGUGAGUCGGAGGAUUUCAGAAACAAUCCCUCACCCUACAGUGGUUCAGUGAUACCGACCUUUACACUGCUACAGGCCAAACACCGUGCUCUGUGCUUAGUCCUUGAUGUCUCUGGGAGCAUGACGUUGGAGAAUCGUAUUAACAGACUCCGACAAGCAGCGGAGAUAUUCUUACUUCAGAUCAUUGAAGCAAAAUCACAAGUUGGAAUUGUCACUUUUAACAGUGCUGCAACUAUUCAAUCACAUUUGAAAGUGAUUGAUAAUGAAGGUGUGAGGAAUCAACUUGUCCAAUUGCUACCUACAACAGCUAAUGGAGGGACAAAUAUCUGCGCAGGAAUCCAGGCUGGUUUUCAGGUACUUGGUGAUGACCACGGUCCUACAAAUGGUGAUGAAGUUGUUUUGCUGACUGAUGGGGAGGACAGCGGGAUAAGCAGUUGUUUCUCGGAGGUGGAACAAAGUGGUGCAGUUAUCCACACGAUUGCAUUAGGACCAAAGGCAGCCAAAGAGCUGGAACAGAUGUCAACACUGACUGGGGGUCGACAGUUUGCAGCCACUGAUAAUGUGUAUGCAACUGGAUUAACCGAUGCCUUCUCUUCAAUGGUAUCAGGAAAUGGUGACAUUAGUGAACAGUCAAUUCAGGUGCGUUAUUCCUCAGUGACUUUCUCAAUACCCGCAGGUACUUGGAAUUUUGCCAUCCUGAAUCCUGGCAUUGAACAGGUUAUAAGUAUUGUAAUGACAUCCCGAGCAGCAGAUGAAAAAGUUCCCCCGGUCACGGUCAAUGUGCACAUCAGUGAAAAGGAUUCGGUUGGUGGUAGGACAAUUUAUGCAGAAGUCAGUCAGAGAUUCUCACCCGUCCUGUUUGCAAACGUGACGGUUAUUAUUGAACAACCCACCGGCCCAAAAAUUGAACAGGAACUUUCUGAUGAUGGCCUGGGUGCUGACAUUGUCAAAAAUGAUGGUAUUUACACAAAGUAUUUCCACAAGUAUUCUGAAAUUGGAAGAUACAACUUUAAAAUACGUGUGCAGGGAAAGGAAGGGAAGGCAAAGGCAGCGAUCCGAACAGGAGGACAUUCCUUUUACAUACCGGGAUACACAGAAAAUGGCAAAAUUAAAACAAAUCCACCAAGACCUUCAGUCAAUGUGGAUGAUCUUGAGGCUGACAUAGGAGAUUUCAACAGGGUCAGAUCAGGAGGAUCCAUUUCAGUUGCUGAAGGAACACUCAAUGUUGACAUUCCACCGUGUAAAAUCACAGACCUUCAAGCAACAUUAGCUCAAAAUAAAGUUGUGUUGGAAUGGACUGCACCAGGAGAGGAUUAUGAUGAGGGAGCAGGCAAAAUUCAAAUAAGUCCACCAAUACCUUCAGUCAAUGUGGAUGAUCUUGAGGCUGACAUAGGAGAUUUCAACAGGGUCAAGUCAGGAGGAUCCAUUUCAGUUACCGAAGGGACACUCAAUGUUGACAUUCCACCGUGUAAAAUCACAGACCUUCAAGCAACAUUAGCUCAAAAUAAAGUUGUGUUGGAAUGGACAGCACCAGGAGAGGACUAUGAUGAGGGAGCAGCGUCCCGCUAUGAGAUGAGAAUGAGUGACCACCUCCUCCAGCUACGGGACAACUUCACAGCAGCUGCCCUGGUUAACCUCACCAACUUGAAUCCACGUCCAUUUGGCUCAAGGGAAACAUUCACAUUUGUUCCCAAAAACACGGAACUGCAAAACGGGACAACGCUCUACUUCGCUCUCUGCGCCUACGAUAAACAGGAACAGUCAUCUGAAAUGUCUAAUGUGGCCAAGGUUUAUGUCUUUGUAUCUGCACCUCUGGUUGAGCACCCAAAAGGCAGUAGUGUAUGGAAGGUGAUUUGGAUUGCUAUUGUCGUUGCAAUUCUGGUGUGUUUGAUUAUUGGGAUUGUCGAUUACCUGGUUCAGAAAAAAGGCAAAAGCAAAGCUUUUAUACUAGUUUAA